CGGUUGUAUUUUUAAAUCGAAACGAUGGAUUUCCGAGUGCCCCGCGACGGAAAUCUACGUUCCGUAUACGAGCGGGAGCUGCUCUCGGCCAAUUUCUUUGUGAUCGUUAAAUUGUUUACCUAUCGAUUAUUUUUCUUUCGCGAAGUGAAAGGAUUGUUUGCUGUCGGCGUAUCUGGCACAUCAUACAAUGUAUCCGAAAUUUCGUAGAGAGCAGACAAAACGGGCCGUGAAAAUCCAAAUGAAACACGCCGAGCGAGGCCCCCUCGCAGUAGAUGGCCACACGACACUUAGUUGAUAGGAAAAGCUGCAAAUAAUGAGCCCCAUAACCCUAAAUUGUUAGUGCAUUGCCUAUAUUCUUAUAGUUUUUGUGGCUAUACCGAACGCGAACUCUGAGAACCAUUCCGACAAUGUCCAGCAACGGUCCCAGCAACGGCAAAAAGAGCUCCAAUAGUUCCGGGGUUAACACUCCCGCCAGUACACCCGUUGGCAAUGGCAGUGCAGUCCACACCUCGGCGCAGAGCUCACCGCCUCCGAACAAUGCUCCUAAGUAUGGCACCCUGGUGCCGAAUCGGAUCUUCGUCGGCGGCAUAUCCGCGAGUACGACCGAGGGCGAGCUGAUGCAGCUGUUCUCCGCCUACGGCACCGUCAAAGCGGCCAAGAUCAUUCAGGACCGUGCGGGCGUCUCCAAGGGCUACGGUUUCAUCACCUUCGAGACGGAGGAUGACGCUCGACGACCCCUCUGCGACUCGGACAACAUCGUGUUGCGCGAGCGCAAGCUGAACAUCGCGCCCGCCAUCAAGAAGCAGCCGUUCGGGGUGAGGGCGCCGCCGCCCCCCUUCGACGGCGUAUCCGGACCGCCAGCGCCAGGCGCUUCGCCCGCCCCCGCCCACCCGCCGCCGUUUUUCUUCCCGCCUGCGGCCGCGCCCUACUUUCAGGCCUAUUAUACGCCGCCGCCGCCCCCACCGCCCCAUCAGGGAGCCCAAGGGCCGACGGCCCAGGAGCAGCACGCCGCCCAACAAGCCCAACAGGCACAGUCCGUUUACCAAGGACCCCCCGUUUACCCGGGACAGACCGGACACCCGCAAGCCGCCGCGUACCCUUCGAUGAUGUUCCCGCAGACGAUCUACAUGCCGCAGCAGUACCCGAUGGCGAUGCCGUUUGACUAUACGGUGUACGGAGGCGGUGGCGGCGGGGGCGGCGUGCCGCCUGGGCCCCCGCCGGCCGCCUUCGGCCAGUGUCAGCCCGGGGGCGGCGGCUCGCCGUCGCGACCCUGUUAUACGAACCCCUACGGACCGGCGUCCGGCGGCCCCCCCGAAGCCCUGUUCUACAGUCCGAUGCCCGUUUUUCAUCCCGGCGCCCCAUUGGAUCCCGCCCACGCGGCCGUUUACGCCGCCGAAGCUUUUGACAUGGGCCCUCCGAUUGCUCAGUACGAGGAGGUAAUAAUGAACGGCUUCGACGCCGCGCAAACGGCACCGCCGUCUUCGCCCGAACGCAACGCCGCGACGCCCGUCGUCUCGCUGCUUAGCAUCGACAAGCACCAGGAGAAGGACUACGCCGCCAUGCAGGGCGGGCGCCGGCCCUCGCCUCGCAAACCGCCCCAACCCAACGGCUACCACCAUCACCAUCAUCACCAACACCUCCAGCAGCAGCAGCAGCAGCCUCAAAGCUUUCUCGUCUACAACGGCGGCGGGCGGCCGCAAAAUGGCACCGUCUCGAGGGGAGGCGGCGCGCCGCCCACCAGCAGCCGGCGCAGACCCCUCGUCACCUCGGUCGAGCGUUCCGCAUCGAACAAUUCGCCCAGUUCCCCGGACGAGCAACACCAUCACCAGCGGAAGGGAACGCCGCCUCCGCCGAGGCCGCCCGCCCCCUACAGCCCGUCGGGACGGCGCGGCAGCAGCGCCCGCCCCUCCUACACCUAUCACAAUCAUUCAUCGCAGAUGGUGCCGCCCCCGCAGCCGCCGUCGAGCGUCUCGUUCAAUCCGGCGCGACGCCCCCAGAGGAAAACGACGUCGCGACGCUGUCCCGCUGCCGCCGCGCAGUAUUCGGAGAUCGGUGCAGGCGACGCGCCACUGCCCCCGCCAGUGUCGUGUGACGACGUCGUCGCCCAAGUGGACGCCCUUAAAAUUUGACGGGACGGUGAGGUCGCCCAUACGCGACGCCAUAUUUAUAUUUACACAUAUAUGAAAAUGUUUUUUUUUUUUAAAUAUACUUAAGAACGCCGCCGCCCCAUUUGUGUUUGGUCCGUCUCGGGGGACUGUUUCUCCGCCUCUCUCGCGCGGUAGUAGUUGAAAUGUAUCGUACGGGAGCACCCCCUAUUUCUCUCCUUUUCUGAUACUACGCUGUCCCGGGGACACAUUAACAAACAAAAAAACGAGUAAUAAUAACAAAAGUGAGAUAAUCGUCGAGGCAAAUCGGGCUAAGUCACGAGUGUUCCCUCUCUUAGGUUUAGGUUUUUUUUGUAGAUAUACUUACAACCGCCCUCGUAUAUUUUAUACGUGUACGAGGCGAACGACACACACAUAUACAUAUAGAUAGUAGGUUUAACGGAUUAAGAACAAAAAUUAUAUAUACAGUAUAUAUAUAUACAUUUAAUGAUAUAUAUUUAGGCUUUAGGUACUUGUUAUUUAAUGUAUAAGGUUCAGGAGUGCGACGACCGUCGCGACGGUUCCGCCGCCGCCGCCGCCGCCACCCUUCCCCUCUCGGAACCAACGUUCGGUCGCCAUUCAACCCUCUGACUUUCCUCGUAGCUCUUUUCUAUCAGCAAAAUACGUUUGUUUUAACUUUAUUUCUCGAAAAAUUUAAGUAAAUGAAAUUUAGACCGCAAAACGUUUGAUUGGGGCUUGAAAUUUGCCGCUUACAAAAUUGCCCUCAAACAAAAAUAAUAUUUCGUAAAAUUAAUAAAUUAUUUUAAAGAUUUUCAUAUGUGAGAACGAACCACCUCAGGGAUUAGUGUGUGAGGAAUAUUUAAACUUUUUGAAUGAAAGGUUUAGGUAAAAAAAAACGAUUUUUUAUGGCCUCCUUUUCACUUGGGAUGGAAGAGCAUCUUUGCAUACAAGUUCAUUAACCAAACUAACGUUAGCGGAGUAUUUAAAAAAAAAAAUCUCGUAUAAUAAAGAAUUGCAUAAACAUUGGUUAGUGUGGGUUACACAAUUCGUGAAAGUUAUCUUACAAAAUGAUUACGGGAGUAAGUUUUGUUUUAAGGUUAACCUUAACCUUAUUAAAUCGAGCGGCGUUAAAAAUGUGAAUAAAUUUGCUAAAAUGUAUAAACGACUGGAAAAUGUGUCAUUGGAAGCCUAACCGUAAUAGGAAAAAUAAAAUAAAAUUCGAAAAAAUAGGAAUGAGAAAAUCAACCCCAAAAUUAAAACAAUAUAAUCUAAUAAUUCCUUUUUGAGUUCCUUUAACGAUCUAUACACUAAAAUUUGUUAAAACUUAGCAUUAUGUGGCGUUAAAGAUCUUAAAACUGAACAGUUAUAACUACCAUGAAAUACAGCAUUCUCCAAUUUGUCUAAUAAGAACAAAUUAUAGAUAACUAGAUCAAUGGCAAGAGAAAAACAAUAAGUCUUGAGUCAAAAAGAAAAUCAUCCAUGUUAUAUAUAUUGUAAUUUGUAGCACGAUACUUUAACGUCAUCAAAUUAAGUUACUUAAAUUUUUUAUAACGGCUGUGAAAGAUAGCACUCAAUUUGUCGUGUCGAAUAAGAAAAGAAUUUGGGAUGAGAAAAUCAAACCCAGGAGUGAAACAAUGAGCUAAAGUCAUUAAUAAAAUCAAUCAUGUAAUUUUUUUUGAGGUUUGGCCGCAUACUUUAAAGUUAUCAAAUACUUAAAAUCUUGACAUUAAUAACAACCAACAAUUUUUUCUGGUAAAAGCAAAUUAGAGAGGAGAAAAUCAAACCCAACAGUAAAACAAUGAGUCCAAGUCAAAAGAAAACCAUCCCAUAAUCGUUGUUUUUAAGUAUGUCCCCAUUCUUUAACUUUACCAAAUUGAGUUAUUGAAAUUUGUUAAAACGACGUAGAUUCCAUGAAAAAUUGUGAUAAGAAAAUCAAACGCAGGAAAGAAACAAUAAGUCCAAGUCAAAAAGGAAACCAUCUAUGUAAUAAUUUUUGAUCCUAUACUCUUUAACGUCAUCAAAUUGAGUUACCAAAAUUUGUAAGGACGUAAAUUUUUAAAAAUUUGACUUUAAAAACGAAAAUGAAACAGCACUCUCCAAUUGUCUAGAGAAAAGUCCACGUUUGCAGUCUCACAAUGAUCUACUCGGUAUUUGAAUAUCUUCUCUCCAGUAGGGGAGGGUAAUAAUUUAAUAUUUUUACCUCUUACUCGCGCCUAGCAGAGUCGACGCAGGUUCCGAGAGACGGGCAUCGUUCGCGACCUUGAAAUGACCUCUACGUAUCGCCCGGAUCUUCCAGUCAUCGCGCGUGACCUCGACGUGACCUCUAUUUACGAACGGUCGUUUCGGGGUCGCAACAAGGGGAGGCACGAGAAAACAUAAUUUUUAGUGAGAUUUUCUUUGCUCAAAGCGUUUUGCCAUCGUCAUCACCACUAUCGGACAUUUUCUUUCCUUUCCUCUCCCCCCCACGCCCCUACAAACGGAUUUAUUUGUUUGGAUUUUAGGCUGUGACAUUAAAUAACGGUUAAUUGAUGUUGUUGAAUUUUUGUAGAUUUUUUAUAUAUGUGUGCGUGUACGGCGAGUCCCGGGCUGGGGCCGCCCCCGCCGCAGAGCGGCGCGGCGGGGGGCGGAAACCCCCUUCCACCCAAAUCAAAACAAAAAAAUCGUUUAACCAAUUUAUGAAGAAGCGCGUUUCGGAAGAGCCUAAAAUGUUUUUCGUUUCCAAAGAUUUACCGUAGAGUUAGGUUAGGUUUACGAUGAUGAUACGUGUAGGUUAGGUCCGUAGGAUAUUUAAUAAUUUAUUGUACACGGUAGACGAGAUGGUAGAGAGGAUGCAAACGGUCGGCAACGGAGCGCGCGAUAGGUGGUAGUUUUUUUUUCGCGAAAAAGAGAAUAUACGCGUUGUUGCCAGAUCUUCGUUGACUUUUUUUUUCGUUGUUGUAUUUCGAGUGUUUUCGCGCGUCGACCCCUUAGCGUCACAUCCCCGUUUUCGAAGCAACGGAUCACAGUCUGUACCUGUUUGAAUUUAUAUAUAUACGAGAUGGAGGCGAAAACACGAAACUGUGUAUAUAGUUUGUUACGAAACGUUGUUAAGCCGAUCAAAAGAUUUAUUGGAGGCUAUGAGAGCGUUAUAUUAUAUAAUAUGUAUACAUGCGUUUACGUUUGUUCCGUUGCGGCGACAGUGCCGGCGCGCGUAGGUGUGGGAGAAGGGUUUUCGUUCGGCGUGGCGGCGUUGCCGAAUUUUGGCGAGAAAUUUGAAGGGAUUAUAUCGGACAUGUUUAUUGUCCUAUUCAAGUGAGUGAUAUUGUAAAAAAUUGUCGAUGCAAACUACUGACAUUUUAACGAUCAUUUUUGCGUCAAGUGUACAGGGUGAUCUGUAAAUAUCAAGUUGGUUGAUUUUUUCUAAUACUUUUAAAUUGUAUUGGUAUCUAUACAGGGUGUUGGUAUUAUCGUGGACAAGCAAAAACUUAUUUUAAUAGAACACUCCAUAUAUUAAGGCAUUUUUGAAUUCCUCGGAACUCUAAACAUAUUUGUUAUAUAUUUAAUAAAUAAAUACAUGGUGAUUAAUAAUCAACAUUGAAAAUUAAAGUGAAAAAAAACUGUCGGAUGUGAUAUACGAAGUUUGUCGAAAAAUAUGGAUGUAUCUUCAUUUUUUUGUAAAUGUGGAAAAAGUUGUUCUCGGGAUAAAUCAAUUUCGCGAACUUUGGCAAAUUAAAUUUAUUUUUUAAAUGGAAAGAUGCAGAAAUGAAUUGGUAAAAGUACACGUUAAAAUUUAUAUUUUUGUGACUUCAUAUACUGUCCCAUCCAUUUCGUAUUCGACGGUAGUUUUUUUUCCCCAAAAAAUAAGAAUGAAAGUUAGUUCCAUUUAAUUGCAUUUACCGCAGAUGUACCUGCCAUAAUCACCUCUGCUGUUACAUGAAAUGUACAGGAUGACCCGUACCUUAUCUCAGAACCUGUAGAAAAUAAAAUAAAUGCAAAGUCAAAAAUUGUUUGCAUCUUAAACAUGUCAUAUUGUGAAUUUACCGUCAUAAGCGGCUUGAUGAAAAAAGGUUAUUUUUUUAAUAAAAUAUUUGCAACGUUUUUCCAUUGUAAAAGUGUUACGAGGGCUAAACAUUUUGAAAAAAGAACAAUCGAACACUGCAGUUUGGAAAUUUUUUAUUAUGGUUUUAUUAUGGUUACUUUAGUACCAAAAAAUGAAAAUACCUUAUAUUAGUUUGUGAUUACCCUGUAUUUAUUUAUUUUUAAAAUAUCGGCACAAACAUCACUAAACCAUACAACGCAAACUAUCUCUGUCGAGGAAAUUGAUACAUAUAUUUGGAAGUGCAGACGUCAGUUUAGACAUAAAAUUCAAAAAUAGGAAGUAAGAAAUUACAAAUUUUUUGGGAAGAAAAGUUUAUUACCGAAUCGUCCAUCUAGUAGGUGACCUACUCUAUUUGGUUAACUGAAUUUAACAUUUAAUCGUAAAAUCUUACAUUGGUUUUCAUGAUUUUGUCGGAGACCGUUAAGUAUCUAUUAUAAACAAAGGCCAAUUAAUUUCUAACUAAAGAAAUGAGUAACAAUAUUGAUAAAAACUGAAAAUUAAUAGCGUUAAUGUUUGCGUUUAUGACUGCUUCUAAUCUACGAGGCAUGUCUUGAAUCAAAUUCAAAUUCUUGGAGCACAGAUAUUCAUUGGGAUUCAUGUCUGGACUGAUUGCUGGUUAAUCAAACCACCAUCAUGUGGAAGUCUUUCAUCAAUAUAACCUGAGGUAUACCUUUUUCCGGGUGUCCCCCAUACUUUCCGACGCCAAUCUGACCCACUGAGGCAAAACGGGAUUCAUCGAAAAACAACCUUGCUCCGUUCAUAAUCAUUCCAGUGACCAUUACCAAUUUUAACUUCUUGAAGUUGAUUUCGAACCAUUAAUGCUACAAUUCUAGUCACAACGAUAGGAUCUAAAAGCAUUAUGACCAGUUAAAUAUACCAGCCAAUAAUUCAAAAUUAUUUGAAAUUUCUCGAGUGACCUAAAUUUUUUGUAUACGGAUGAAUAUUUGUAAGGAUUUAUAAAUUGUCUUAAUAUACGGGGUGUUCUAUUUAAACUGACAAAUUUUAUACUUAUCCGCGAUAAUGCAAAAAAAAAUAUUUUAAAAUUAUAAGCGACUCCAAACCAGUCUCUAACUGUUUUUGAUAUCGUUUACCGGUUGUGUGGUAAACGGGCCACCCUUUCCAGUAUGCACGACAUUGCCGCGUAGCCACGUCGACCGUAACCCCCCCACCUCCACCCUCCCGCGCGUAACAACAUGAAACAGAGCAAUACGAUUUGUCAAUCUAGACACACGUCAAUUUCAUUUGUUUUUUUCUAUCGCGUUGUAAAUAGACGUAUAGGUGGCGAAAAAUGUCGCGCACAUAUACAACAUAAGAAUAAAACAAAAGAGAUGCUCUACAAAGGUUGUGCAUAAAAAUAUGUUAUAUAUAUAUAUAUAUAUAAAUAAAUAUAUGUAAGAACUCUACUAGGUUGUACAAAAGAAGUUAUUUAUAAAUAAUCGCGUAAGAUGUUUGUAGAGGUCCGGCGUUAAAAAAAUGGCGGACGCGGGGCGAGUUAACCCGCCAACGAACACAGCUGUCCAAGGCACAUGCAAAAUUCAUUUUUUUUUGUCGGUUUAAAUGUUUAGCGUGCACGCGUCCAUAUGGCACUUUGAGCAUUUUGUAGUGGUCCGGAGCUGCUCGCUGUGUUGUGUGUUGGUAUAUUGGCUGUCAAAAUUCGGAAAAAUGCGAUAGAGAAAAAAAAAUUGCUGAUUAAGCUUUGCAUUGGAAGAAUAAAGUCCAUUCCAAAUUUUGUAGGUAGAAUGUGUUCGUUUCUAUUCUUUAAGGAGCAAAUUUUUAAAGUUCUGAAUCUUUCUGUCAUCUCUAAAACACUUUUCUUUGUUUUUUUUUUUAUAAAAGUGGACAAGAUCUAGUUAUUGUUAAAAAAAUAUAUUACCUUAACGCUCUAACGUUAACGGUCGCCAAUAAUUUUAUUUAAACCACAAAAAAAAUAAACAAAAAAAUGGUUUGGUUUUCUCAAAAACAAACCAAGUUAAGCCUUAUAAUACUAAAAUUCGGAUUAUUUUCUAUGCCCGUAUAGACGACAAUAAUAAAAUUAUUGUCGCACAUAUCAAAAGGUGGUUUAUUCUAACUGUGACGAUUAUUUUCUAUUAUAAUAUUUUUAUGAAUAUCUGAUAAAACGGACAGUUUUCGACAUCCAUUAUUUAUUUAAACAUGAUUUAAAAUGCGGACAUAACAAAUUAUUAAAGCUUAUGCCAGUAGAACAUACGUUUGACAUUGGGAGUAAUUUUAUAUAUUUUAUUUUAUGACUUAACUUAAAAAAUCUUUUUUUAAUGCAAGUAAUAAAUAUAAAAUUAUAGAGAAAAUUAAAA